AUGGGGGGCAUUUGGGCGUCGUCUGCAGUAGUGGGCGUGCCAAUGGGGGUGUUCUACGAGUACAAGAAAGUGGAGAUACCCGAGGAGGGGGACACACAGGCACCCGAGUACGCUUGCUUCAUCAGGGGCGGUGACCUUCAAUUCCUGCUGACUAAUGUGACAGUGUACAUUGUGGAUUUUCUGGUGCCUGCAGUUCUAGUCACCAAGUACUACUGGGAGUUCUCAGUCGAGGUCAGACGAAGGUCAGGGGGCGUGACCUCUACAACCAACGCUCCUGCAGCAUCUAACACACCCCAAAACAACAAUAACAACAAUAACAAUAACAACGGCAACUCCAUGCAACAUGGCAACGGGAUACCAAGAUGCAAUGCCAUUUCCCAAGUACCCCCAUUGCGCGCAUCCCAGGAGAACAGAACUCACUCCAAUCACCCGCGGGGGACUUGCUUAAAUGGUGUCGUAAACAACUGCACGACUGGAGAUGUCGAAGAAACCCCUCCAAGUGAACAUAUUGAACUAGCCAAGUCAGCGCAAUCAUCAUGUGAUGUGACUGUGAUGACUGCCAGCACCAGUAGACCUAAAGUAGCUCAUUGUCUGAGCAACACUGGCAAUCAGAACAGUAAAAAUGACAUCAACAGCAACAACAUUAAUAACAGCAGCAUCAGUGGCCACAAUAGCAAUGCUGCAGUCAGUCCCAACACCGCUAAUAGCAACACUAAUCCGGGAGCAAUUUUGGCUCACAG